AUGGAGAUCUUUGCAGAUUUUAUGGAUAACAUCAUGGAAGUGUUUAUGGAUGACUUCUUAGUUUGCGGGAAGAGUUUUGAAGGAUGUCUUGAGAACUUGGAAAUGGUACUAGAAAGGUGUGUAAAAGUCAACCUUGUACUCAACUGGGAGAAAUGCCACUUCAUGGUUCAAGAGGGAAUCGUACUUGGACACAUAGUUCCAGGAAAGGGGAUUGAAGUCGAUAAGGCAAAGAUAGUGGUAAUAAAAAACCUUCAACCUCCCAAAACCGUUAGAGAAAUACGAAGUUUCUUAGGUCACGCCGCUAUUCGGUACUUACUAAGUAAAAAGGAUGCUAAGCCAAGGUUGUUAAGAUGGAUUCUGAUGCUACAAGAGUUUGAUUUAGAAAUCAAAGACAAGAAAGGAACUGAGAACGUUGUAGCAGAACACCUCUCUAGACUCGAUAAUGUAAAAGCUGACCAAGUGCCCAUCAAUGAUGACUUCCCAUAUGACCGACUUAUUGCCCAAUUAGAAAAUGACACAUCUGAAUGCUUUCAAAAAGACGAUCCUUGCGAAAAAGGAAACUCUGAAAUUGAAAAUGAAGAAAUCGUGGAAGCCGCAUAUGCUUAA